UAAUGUUAGCGGAUGAAGCAGCUUACAAUUCUGGGAAGUUGGUGUGAGUGGCUCGGUGGCGACGGGUCAACGCGGGCAAAAGCUGGACGGGUGGAGGGUAGGAAGGUGGGAUGGAAGGAUGAGUGGCUGCCGUGGGCGGGUUGAUGGGCGGAUGAGGGUUGACAGAUCGAAAUCACAAACGGAGGACGGGCAAGCAGCGUUUGUGUGAGUGUUCACAUUGUGGUACAUACCUAGUGUGUGAUAAGGCAGGCAGGCAGGCAAGUAGGUUGUGAGGAGGUAUCGGAAUGCCAAUGGACGCAUGUGGUUUGGCGGUUGGGGGUGCAGUUGCGCCCUCCAAGCUGAGGUAGGCUUGAAGGAAGUGACUGGAUGGAGGACGACGCCAUUGAAGGAACGGAACGCCACCGCUCUUCACAUUCAUGAUUCGUUGGUGGCUCCCGGUACCUGCUCAAGUGUGCCAAUGUGAUAAUGCGUUCGUGGCACCUUGCAUUCUGCACAACGCGGACUGGUGCUACGGUGGUGCGGUGAGUGGCCACAACUGGCCGCCGUUCCUGUUCCUGCAUAAUGGCGGCGUCACAGGCGUCACAGGCGUCACAGUCUGCACAGCCUGCACCAUGGGGGGGACCUGCACUGCAAUCUGCAGCAGGACGCCGCUACCUAUGCAAGGUACCAAGCAGCCAAGGCGAGGUGCACGAGGUGUCACCGCUGUGCCCCCCCGGCGGACCAGACGCAGGUGGGCGGUCACAGAUGCGACACCGACAGUGAGGGCGACAGCGGCGACCAGGCCCCGUCUGGACUCGGUACCCGCCUCUUGGGAUGAAGUUGACAGCCUCCAGUUUCAAGGCACUUGCCCGAAAGAGCAGGACGAGCAACGGGUGCAGCGAAGGCAGCGAGACAAGAAAAGAACCGCAUGAUGUGAGGACCACUUCUUCGGCGUUGACGAACACCCAUGACCUGGU